UACUUCGUACUAAGACGUCACAUCCAUUAUCCCGGUAUAUCAACAUUGUACCUACUGGUGAGUUGUAGUACGGUGUAACUCUGCUGCCAUAAUCAUUACCGGACCUCAAAUAACUUUGGUAAAGAUGCAUAACCGCCUCACAAUAUCUCACUACAUAGGUAAAUUACUAUGUAUCAUGAAAAUAUUUUAGAGCGUCCUAUUUCCUAAUAAAUAAUAUGUAUGUGUUGUCGGGCCUCGGCAAGUAGCUCUUAUCGUAAUACUCUUAUCAUAUAACCCUUGAAAAAGUAAAAAUAAAAAAAGCACCUGAAGUACGGUGUAAGACGUCACUGGACCUACAGGGUAAUUACUAUGUACCUCGGUGUUCAGCUCUAAUGCAGCUGGAACCACUCAACAAAUUUCCCACAAAAAAGUCAAACUAACUAACGUGGACUUCACCAUCUUCAUUACCGGCCUAACUAAAUCCGCCCGGUCUCCAACGCCUUCUUUUAGGACUCAGGAGUUAGAUACCUACUGUCUCUGCUAGUUCAAUUGAAUCGGAUUUGGCUUCGUGGUCGUCUGUUACAAUAUGGGAGGCUUGUCGCUAAAAGUCACCAACCGGUCACGGAAGGGCCUCAAGGGACUUCCCCCCUCCGUUGAGCUGCCCGAAGAUGCUACCGUUGAAGACGCAAAGAAGGCUAUUGCGCGCGCCGCCAGGGUCUCGGACUUCAACCGCAUUGGCAUCUUUGACCCUGUCUCUAAGAAGACUCUUAAGGAUAGGAAAGCUCUGCUGCGGGAACAGUCCGAAGUCGUGAAGCAUGGAGAACUGCUCGUCAAGGACCUUGGCGCCCAGAUCAGCUGGCGACUAGUCUACGUGAUCGAGUACCUCGGACCCCUACUCUUCCACCCUCUCUUCCUAGGCCUGCGAAACCACAUAUACCCAGCCGUAUACCCUCUACUCAAGAACCAUCUCCCCUACGGCAUCCGGUCCGACGGGAAGCUCUCGUUCGCGCAGCAGGCCGCCUUCGCCAUGAUCACGGCGCACUUCGUCAAGCGCGAGCUCGAGACCCUAUUCCUGCACAAGUUCUCCGCCAACACCAUGCCCUUCGCCUACGUCUUCCGCAACUCUUUCUUCUACUGGACUUUCGCCGGUCUCCUCGGCGCCCUCGAGAUCUACGCGCCCUUCUCGCCCGCUGCUCUUUCCCCUGACGUCCCGACUCCCCUUACCUACCUCGGAAUCGCCCUCUACUUCAUCGGUGAAAUUGGUAACUUCGACGUCCACUACUACCUAGCGCACCUACGCAAGCCCGGCGAGACAGCCAGGAAGAUCCCUAGCGGCCACAGCUUUAGCCUUGUGACUUGCCCCAACUAUAUGUUUGAGAUCAUAGCUUGGAUCGGUAUCAUUCUAGUUACCCGCAGCCCGUCCCUGCUGCUUUUCAUCUUCAUCGGCUCCUAUUUCAUGUACACCUGGGCAUGGGGCAAGGAGAAGGCCUACCGCAAGCAGUUUGGCGACAAGUAUAAGAAGAAGCGCAGCGUCAUUCUCCCGGGCCUCCUAUAAGCUUGUUAGGUUUGGAAUCCUUCGCGACGAAUGUAACGAUUAGUGAGAUAUAUUCAACCUUGCACGACCUGGUAGAUGUACUCUUAGAGAUGGGGAAAAUUAUGGGAACGGUAUAAAUAGAGGUUUGGAUGGUUAGAAAUAUUUGAGGGUAGAUAGAGUUGUAGUAAACUUUAGGUAAUUAAUCGCAACCGACUGAGAUAAUU